UAUCGCGUGUCACGUGGUCCGGGUGCCGCGCCGGGUCCUAGUGCCCGUCCGCCCUCUCGCCAUGGCGGCCCCGGUGCUGUUCCGUGGCCUGUCCGCCGCCCCCCCCGCUCUGCGGGCGGCCAUGGGGCGCCGGUCCCGGUGCUGCGAGGCCCCCCCCGGGGCCUCAGGACCCCCCCGGGGCUGCCCCGAGCGGAGCCGGCUCCGGGACCGCGAGUACAAAGAGAGGCGGCAGAGGGAGAGGAGGCAGAGAGCGGCCGGGGGGGGGGCCGGGGGGCAGGUGCCAACAGCUCCCCCCAAAGGCUGGACCCCCAAAAGCAUCGUGGAGUACGAGCACCCCCUAGAAGCUGAUGGCAAGAAGGCCACGGGGGUGCCCCUGCCCCCCUCCUACAGCCCCCGCUACGUGGAGGCCGCCUGGUACAGCUGGUGGGAGCAGCAGGGCUUCUUCACCCCCCCGGCCUCGACACCAUCCGGGGGCCGUGUCCUGAGCCUGGUGCUGCCCCCCCCCAAUGUUACCGGUUCCCUGCACCUCGGCCAUGCGCUGACGGUGGCUCUGCAGGAUGCCCUCGUGCGCUGGCGGAGGAUGCAGGGCUGGACCGUGCUCUGGGUGCCGGGUACUGACCAUGCUGGCAUUGCCACCCAGGCAGUGGUGGAGCGCUGGUUAUGGCAGCACCGGCGCUUACGGCGCCAGGAUUUGACCCGUUCCCAGUUCCUGGAAGAGGUUUGGGCCUGGAAACAACGGCAUGGGGAUGAGAUCCUGCAGCAGCUCCGGGCACUGGGGGCAUCGCUGGACUGGAGCCGCUGUGCCUUCACCAUGGACCCGGGCUUCUCUCAGGCAGUGAUUGAAGCCUUCGUGCGCCUGCAUGAGGCUGGGUUGAUUCACCGCGACCGUCGCCUCGUCACCUGGUCCUGUGCCCUGUGCUCUGCACUGGCUGAUGUGGAGGUGGAGCCCCGCUCCCUGACGGGCCCCACAGCGCUCCGUGUGCCCGGGUGUCCCCAUCCCAUCACCUUCGGCCUCCUCGUCACCUUCGCUUACCCUGUGGACGGGGGGGACGGCCUGGAGCUACCGGUGGCCACAACGAGGCCGGAGACGAUGCUGGGGGACGUGGCCGUGGCCGUGCACCCCGAGGACCCGCGGUACACGCACCUCCAUGGCCGCCGGGUCCGGCACCCGUUCACGGGGCAGCUCCUGCCCAUCGUCACUGACCCCUCCGUGGAGCCCACCCGAGGCACCGGUGCAGUGAAGGUGACCCCAGGGCACAGUCCCCAUGACCUGGUGCUGGCCCGGGCCCAUGGGCUGCCCCUGCUCUCUGUCAUCGGGGACGAUGGCACCAUGUGCCCCCCAGGAGGGGGGUGGCUCCAGGGCGUCCAUCGCUUCGAGGCACGGGACAAGGUUGUGGCUGCUCUGGCUGAGCUGGGGCUGCACCGAGGCACCCAGGACCAUGCCAUGACCCUGCCCAUGUGCAGCCGCUCUGGGGACGUCGUUGAGUACCUGCUGAAGAGCCAAUGGUUCCUGCGGUGCCAGGAGAUGGCAGCACGCGCCCGGGAGGCAGUGACAUCCGGACACCUCCAGCUGAUCCCCAAAUUCCAUGAGAAGAAUUGGAAAACCUGGAUGGAUAAUGUGGGGGACUGGUGCCUGUCCCGGCAGCUCUGGUGGGGUCACCGGGUCCCUGCCUACCGGGUGCAGGGGCCCCCACCGGCGCCCCCCGGUGGCCACUGGGUCGUUGCACGCAGCGAGCCCGAAGCCCGAGCGGCUGCUUCCAGGCUCCUGCACUGCCCCCCCGAGGAGCUGCAGCUGCAGCAAGACCCCGAUGUCCUGGACACGUGGUUCUCAUCUGCGCUCUUCCCCUUCGCUGCACUGGGCUGGCCCCAAGAGACCCCCGACCUGCAGCGCUUCUACCCCACAACUGUGCUGGCCACUGGUAGUGACCUCCUCUUCUUCUGGGUGGCCCGAAUGGUCCUGCUGGGCCAGCAGCUCACGGGGUGCCUGCCCUUCACCCAGGUCCUGCUGCACUCACUGGUGCGUGAUUCCUAUGGGCGCAAGAUGAGCAAAUCCCUUGGGAAUGUCAUCGACCCCCGGGAUGUCAUUGCUGGAGCCUCACUGCAGGAGCUGCAGCAGAGGCUCCACACCAAGGUCCUGGACCCCCACGAGCUCCGAGUGGCCACCGAGGGGCAGCGGCUCCAGUUCCCCCAGGGCAUCCCCGAGUGUGGUGCUGAUGCCCUGCGCAUGUUCCUGUGCUCCCACAACGUGCAUGGGGACAGCAUCCGGGUGGCUGCAGGGACAGCCCUGACCCACAGGCACUUCUGCAAUAAGGUCUGGCACGGGGUCAGGUUUGUGCUGCGGGCACUGGAGCCCCACUGCGACCCACAGCGGCCUGAGGAGUGCUGCCCUCGUGUGGCCAUGGGGCGCUGGGUGCUGGGGCGGCUGCUGCAGGCGGUGGGAGCCUGCACCCGGCACAUGGAGGCGCUGGAGCCGCACGGAGCCCUCGGUGCCAUCCAGCACUUCUGGACACGGAGCUUCUGCGACGUCUUCCUGGAGGCUGCCAAGGGGCUGCUGCAGGACCCGGUGACGGCUCCAGACACGCGCCAGACCCUGCUCUGCUGUGUGGAUGUGGGGCUGCGGCUCCUGGCCCCCUUUGCCCCCUUCCUGAGCGAGGAGCUGUGGCAGCGGCUGCCCCGCGCCCCCCCAGUGCCCCCCAGCAUUGCCCUAGCGCCCUUCCCUGAUGCCUCCAGCCUGGCCCACUGGCACUGCCCCACUGUGGAGCGGGAGGUGGGGGCCAUGCUGGAGGUGGUGCGAGCGGUGCGGGCACUGCGGGACACCCUCCGCCUGGGGGCAGCGAGGCCCCCUGUGGCGGUGCAGUGCCCGGCGGAGACACGUGAUUGGCUGGAGCCACUUGGCCCCACCCUCCGGACGCUGGCGCAGGCGGGGCCUCUGAAGCUCCUCCCCCUGGGGGCGGGGCCAGAGCCAGGCCUGGGCUGGGUGAAGGCGCCUGCAGGCCCUGACACCCACGUGCUCCUGUGCCUGCAGGGCCUGGUGGAGCCGGUGGCCGCCCGGGCCCAGCUCCGCAGCCGCAGCCUUGGCCUCCAGCGGCGCCUCCAGAGCCUCGGGGAGGCUCCGGAGCCCAGUGCCCAGCACCAGGUCGCCAUCCUCCGCUCUGAGCUCGCCCGCCUGCAACAGGCAUUGGAGGCCCUGGAGCCCUUGGACCCCCCCUCGGACCCCCCCUCGGACCCCCCCCCGCCACCCCCCCCCGUGACGGCCGCCCCCAUGGAUGUCCCUAUGGAUGUCCCCAUGGUCCCUAUGGAUGUCCCCAUUGUCACCAUCACCCCCUGGACCAGCGGCAUCACCAUCACUGUCACUGCGGCACCACCGGAUGAGGAUGAUGGGGACAAUGGGGACAUUGGGGACAAUGGGGAUGUGGUGACCCCAAAGGACAUUGGGGACAAGGGGGAUGUGGUAACCCCAAAGAUCAUUGGGGAAAAUGGGGCUGUGAUGGCUCCAAAGGGCAUUGAGGACAAUGGGGAUGUGGUGGCCCCAAAGGACAUUGGGGGCAAUGGGGACAUUGGGGACAAUGGGGACAUGGUGACCCCAAAGACCAUUGGGGACAAUGUGGAUGUGAUGGCUCCAAAGGGCAUUGAGGACAAUGGGGAUGUGGUAGCCCCAGAGGGCAUUGGGAAUAAUGGGGACAUGGUGGCCCCAAAGGACAUUGGGGACAAUGGGGACAUGGUGACCCCAAAGAUCAUUGGGGACAAUGUGGAUGUGAUGGCUCCAAAGGGCAUUGAGGACAAUGGGGAUGUGGUGGCCCCAGAGGGCAUUGGGAACAAUGGGGACAUGGUGGCCCCAAAGGACAUUGGGGACAAUGGGGACAUGGUGACCCCAAAGAUCAUUGGGGACAAUGUGGAUGUGAUGGCUCCAAAGGGCAUUGAGGACAAUGGGGAUGUGGUGGCCCCAAAGGACUGUGGGCUCAAUGGGGACAUGAUGGCCCCAAAGGAUACUGGGGACAAUGGGGAUGUGGUGGCCCCAAAGGACUUUGGGGGCAGUGGGGAUAUUGGGGACAAUGGGGACAUGGUGACCCCAGAGACCAUUGGGGACAAUGGAGACAUGGUGGCCCCAAAGAGCAUUGGGAACAAUGGGGAUGUGGUGGCCCCAAAGGACACUGGGGGCAAUGGGGACAUUGGGGACAAUGGGAAUGUGGUGGCUCCAAAGGGCAUUGAGGAUAAUGGGGAUGUGUUGGCCCCAAAGGACCGUGGGCUCACUGGGGAUGUGGUGGCCCCAAAGGACACUGGGUGCAAUGGGGACAUUGGGAACAAUGGGGAUGUGAUGGCUCCAAAGGGCAUUGAGGUCAUUGGGGACAAUAAGGAUGUGGGAACCCCAAAGGACACUGGGGACAUUGGGGACAUGGUGGUCCCAAAGGACAUUGAGGACACUGGGGAUGUGGUGACCCCAAAGGGCAUUGAGGACAAUGGGGACGUGGUGACCCCAAAGGCCAUUGGGGACACUGGGGAUGUGAUGGCUCCAAAGGACAUUGGGGACAAUGGGGAUGUGAUGGCUCCAAAGGACAUUGGGGACAAUGGGGACGUGGUGACCCCAAAGGCCACUGGGGACAAUGGGAACGUGGUGACCCCAAAGGACAUUGAGGACAAUGGGGAUGUGGUGACCCCAAGGAUCACUGGGAACAAUGGGGACAUGGUGGCCCCAGAGGACAUUGAGGACAAUGGGGACGUGGUGACCCCAAAGGCCAUUUGGGACACUGAGGACAAUGGGAAUGUGGUGGCCAUUGGGGACAGGGAUGUUCCAGACACUGGGGACGAGGCCAUUGGGGACCUCCCAUCACUGGCGAGUACUGGGGACGUCCCUGCCUUUGGGGCUGGGGAUGACAUCAGCGAUGACAUCACAGGGUGGGGGAGGAGCCUUGGGGGCACGUGCGUGGCCGGCGGCAUCACCAUCACAGUGGUGGCCCCCCCCCCGGAGGACGAGGAGGUCCCCGGUGAUGACGUCAUCACCGGUGAUGUCAUCGGGGGCGACAUCAUGGCGGAGGGUGAUGUCGCUUCCCCCACCCCUGAGGAGCCCCUCGUGGGUGACGUCAUCGCCCAGAGUGACGUCACCGGUGACGUCAUCACUGGGGACGUCACCGGUCCUGAUGCUGUUCCUGGCCUUCCUCGGGAGGAGCUCACCGGCGGUGACAUCACACACGGGGAUGACGUCACUGGUGACGUCAUAGCCACAGGCGACCCUACUGCCCUCUCCGGGGAUACCUGCGCUGAUGAUGUCAUCGCUGACGUCACUGCGGAGGAAGACGUGGCUGGUUUUGUACCUCAGGAUACCCCUGCUGAUGACGUCAUCGCCGCUGAUGAUGUCAUCGCUGACGUCACUGCAGAGGAAGACGUGGCUGGUUUUGUACCUCAGGAUACCCCUGCUGAUGACGUCAUCGCCGCUGAUGAUGUCAUCGCUGACGUCACUGCGGAGGAAGACGUGGCUGGUUUUGUACCUAGGGAUAGCCCUGCUGAUGACGUCAUCGCCGCUGAUGACGUCAUCGCUGCUGAUGAUGUCACUUCGUCCUUGCCAGGAGACGCUGACCUCACUGGUGACAUCAUCUGUGCCAAUGAGCACGUUCCUGCUUGGGAUGACAUCAUCGAUGAUGUCAUCCCUGAGGAUGACGUCACUCCCCCCAUCCCCAGUGGCAGUGCUGCUCAUGACGUCACCCCCACCUCCCUCCCCAGCUGUGACGUCAGCCCCGAGGAUGACGUCACGGGUGACGUCACAGCAGGAGACCCCAUCCCUGAGGACUCCCCCUACCAGGAGGAUGACGUCACAGAUGACAUCACUGCUGAGCCCCCCAGAGGGGAUGCCCCAGGCCCCCCCCAGGCGCAGACGCCCUCCCCCGGCUGCCCCCUCGUGUUCCUGGCCCUCGUCUGCCUCCUCCUGGCCCUGCUGCUGCUCGCCGGGGUCUUUGCGGCCGCACAUUACGUCCGGGUCUUCCUCAUCAGCUCCGCUCCCGUCGGCGAAUCCUUCCCAUGA